AGCUAGAAGGAAAGAUCGAAAAGGCAAGAAGGGCGGGAAUCGACACAGACUUGUCCCUUCAAGCAGCUACUCACCAGAACCGGGCACAAAAUGUCCCUGAAGUUGCCAAGAAACUGGGAUUUCAACCUGAAAGUGGAGGCCGGGAAAAUAGCUCGGUCCAGGAGCGUGAUGACCGGCGAGCAGAUGGCCGCCCUCCACCAGCCGUCCGCCCCCAACCCGCUGGAGAGGCCCAUCAAGAUGGGCUGGCUGAAGAAGCAGAGGUCCAUCGUGAAGAACUGGCAGCAGAGAUACUUUGUGCUGAGGGCGCAGCAGCUCUACUACUACAAGGACGAAGAGGACGUGAAGCCGCAGGGUUGCAUGUAUUUACCAGGAAGUACGAUCAAGGAGAUCGCCACAAACCCAGAAGAAGCGGGGAAGUUUGUCUUUGAAGUCAUUCCAGCCUCAUGGGACCAGAGUCGCACUGGACAGGACUCCUAUGUCCUCAUGGCCAGCUCUCAGGCGGAGAUGGAGGAGUGGGUUAAAUUCCUUAAGAGAGUCGCUGGCACACCCUCUGGAGCUGUGUUUGGCCAGCGUUUGGAUGAGACCGUGGCUUAUGAGCAGAAAUUUGGCCCCCACCUGGUGCCCAUCCUGGUGGAGAAGUGUGCGGAGUUCAUCCUCCAGCACGGCCUGAAUGAAGAGGGCAUCUUCCGACUGCCUGGGCAGGACAACCUGGUGAAGCAGCUCAGAGACGCUUUUGAUGCCGGGGAGCGGCCCUCCUUUGACAGAGAUACAGAUGUACACACCGUGGCCUCCCUGUUAAAGCUUUACCUCCGAGACCUCCCAGAGCCAGUGGUUCCCUGGAGCCAGUAUGAGGGGUUCCUGCUGUGCGGGCAGCUCAUGAAUGCAGAUGAGGCAAAGGCUCAGCAGGAGCUGGUGAAGCAGCUGUCCAUCCUUCCUCGAGACAACUAUAACCUCCUGAGCUACAUAUGCAGGUUCCUACAUGAAAUCCAGUUGAACUGUGGUGUUAAUAAAAUGAGCGUGGAUAACCUGGCUACUGUGAUUGGUGUGAAUCUCAUCAGGUCAAAGGUUGAAGACCCUGCUGUGAUCAUGAGAGGGACUCCUCAAAUCCAAAGAGUGAUGACCAUGAUGAUCAGAGAUCAUGAAGUUCUGUUUCCCAAGUCCAAGGAUACACCCCUGUCACCCCCUGCUCAAAAAAAUGACCCCAAGAAAGCUCCAGUGGCUCGAAGUUCUGUGGGCUGGGAUGCCACUGAAGACCCCACGAUGUCUAGGACAGACAGCUUUAGUAACACGACCAGCGACUCAGACGCAGGAAGCCCCACUGGACAACAGCCGAGUGAUGGGUAUUUUGAAGAGAGCAGUAAAGCCCCCAAGGAAAAGCUAGGAGAUUGGAAGCUGCAGUCGAGAAAAAGGACUCAGACACUCCCUAAUCGGAAAUGCUUCUUGACAUCGGCGUUUCAAGGUGCCAACAGCAACAAAGUAGAGAUCUUUAAGAAUGAGUUCUGGUCGCCCUCUUCAGAGGUAAAGGCAGGGGAAGGGCACCGGAGAACAAUGUCUCAAGGUAUGCCCCACUUUUCUGACUCCCAGCGGACUUCCACCUAUGAUAACAUCCCUUCCCUGCCUGGGGCCCCUGGGGAUGGGGCAGCUGCUGUCUCUUCCCAUGCUUGUGACUCCAAGAGAGAAACUCUUGCCAGCCCAAACUCUGAAACCAGACCUGGAAAAAAGAACUCUGGAGAAGAGGAACUUGAAUCCUUGCAGAAGGUGGUCCAGGAACUGCAAAAGGAAAUAGAAACACAGAAGCAAAUGUAUGAGGAACAGAUCAAAAACCUUGAGAAGGAAAAUUACGAUGUCUGGGCCAAGGUGGUGAGGCUCAAUGAAGAACUGGAGAAGGAGAAGAAGAAAUUUGCAGCCUUGGAAAUCAGCCUCCGCAAUGUGGAGCGCUCCCGGGAGGAUGUUGAGAGGAGGAACAAGGCCCUGGAAGAAGAAGUCAAGGAAUUUGUCAAAUCAAUGAAAGAGCCCAAGGCCGAUGCUUGAGGGUCCCAGGCAAACAUGGAGACAGCCCACAGAGGCCCACCCGACACGCUCCCUUUCUCAGCGCUACCUGAUGACUGAGAAGCAAAAUUACUCCCUAUGAGGGAGAAGAAGACAUUUUGGGGGGAAACACCACAUUUCCCAGUAAAAUAAAUCAAUGGAAUUUGCAGGAAGAUAAGGGUGAGCAGGGACAUGUGGGGACGUCUAUGGCCCCCUGUGGCUGUAUUCAAAAGGAUUGCAUUAUUCCACCAUGGUCUCAGGCUGAGUGAGAUGGAACCUUCCAUGGUUGGGUGACUAUGUCCAGUGGAGACAUUUGAGGCCAUGUGCCAAGGACCUAGGCAACAUGUUGGCCCCAACCGAUGGUGGACUGAGGCGUUAGUUCUUUUUCUUUUUUUCUUUGUGGAACAAUUCAUCCAGUCAGAUGGCUUCAUGGUGUCCCUGAGACAUAGGGGCAGAAAAUGAUAUUUAGCUUUCUUGUAUUCACCUGUGGUGAGCUGCGUUUUGGGGAGCUGCACCUGUUGAGUGGAGCCCCAUUCUGCCACCCCCUCCAUGAUGCAUACUUUCCAGGGUUUGGAAACUCAAAAUUAUUAUUAGACUAAGACAAAACAAGCAAUAAAUGUGUAUUUAUGAGAGCAGGGCUAUUGGUAAUCCUUACAAACACCUUUGUGAGCCUUAGUGAAAGGUGCCCCUUCCUUGGAGCAGACACACCCCUCUCCAGGCGCAAGGCUUGGUGAACAGGACAUGGGCUGGAUUACAUUGCCUUUCCAUGGCCACAGUUGUGUAUGGUAGGCCUGUGAAAGAGGCCUUCUCACCACGAUGUGACUUCCUCAGAGGCUGGCUGGGGUUUUUAGAUAGUAGUAGU